ACCAUUGGACCAGCUGUGAGAGUGGAUAUGAUUGGUCCAGGGCUGGAAUAAGAACCACACCUUUACUCCAUACUGUCCGUGUAGAUGCAUCCCGUGUUUUCUCGAACACACUUGCCACCUAACCUGUAGAAUCACUCGUCAGUGUCCAUUAAUACGUCCCACCUCUCAUGUCCCCGACCUAGUUCAUUUCUUCUGUGGCAUAUAAGAAGAUGAUUUACAUCCUAGAUCUUCCUGUUAUAUGUACCGCCCACAGAUGCAUCAUUAGUUUUUAUUUUCUUUGUAACAGUCCCACAUUAGUCAUUGUUAGUCAUCUUAGCAGAAAUGAAACGAACCUGUAAGCAUGAAGUGGAUGAAGCACUGUCGCAUUAGCUGUUCUCUUUAAUGCCGUAGCUGCUCAUCAAUUUAAAACAGUCACGGGGGCGGUGGGGAAAAAAAAAAAAGAGCUUAUUUGACUAUUUUGCUGCAUUUUUAUUUGAAAAUUCUACUUUUAAUCAUAAAUGACGCCACAUUAUAUUUCAGUAUGCAAGCGAAGUUGUACAUCGGGUCUUGUUUUGCAUUAGGUCGGAUUUAUUGAGUGAAACAAGGCAGUGCUUAUUCCAUGUUCUUUGUAAAAAAAAAAAAAAAUAAAGCAAAAAGAGGGUGGUCAUUAGAUGGCGUGAAUGGUUACAUUUGUGUUUGACUGAGUGUCUGUUUAUGUAGCUUUUAGAAUGUAUGUGUUAGUGUAUAGUAUCUGUAUUUAUAGGACAGUUAUCUUAUUGUACACAACUUGGGGUGUUCGACAUUUCUCUCCUGCAGCGAAUUGGCCCCCUAUUAGCUAAGCAGCAAUGACCUGGUUUGUAUUUGCACGCUCUGCUUCCUUACUCCUUUAUCUUUAGGGUCCUUUUGUAACGCUACUCUAUCUUUCUUCCUCUGCUUCUCUCUUUCUGUUUCACGACUGUCCCACCUGACAUCUUAUUCUCUCUUUCUACCUCCUCCUUCUCUCUCUCUCUCUCUCGUGCUCUCUCUCUCUCUUUCUCUCGCUCCCUCCCUUCUACACAGUGAUUCGGUGUACAGUACCCUCUGUCAUUCUGUGCUGGCAUGGUGCUUGUGCAACUGGGACUGCAUUUUUUCGCUGAAGAGGCAUAUUGAUAAUAGCGCAGGCAGCUCUCUUUUUUUUUUUCUGUCCUCCUCACUUUCUCCACCUUCCUCUCUGUCUCUGAAGCAUUUUGGUGAGCAGGCCGAAACUCGCUUGUCCUCAAAAGGCACCAGGAGGCCUCUUCUCAGUGAGAUGGAAUCAGCCGUGCUGGUUGCAUAUCUGUAUCGGCAUACAGUUAUUUAAUCUGCAGGACUUUUUACGUCAAAGGCAAACUAAAAACAUUAACUUUUUAAAUAAGCAAAGGUGUGCAGAUAGGUGUAUCCAAGCCUUGUUUUGUGUUCAAUUAUCAGCGAGAACAGCAGCUCUGCACUCCUGCAUAGAUUAAAUCCUACUUGCAUUUUUUCUGCACAUUAUCUUAUCGCGGUUGUUUUUUUUAGUUCUGGCCUAAGCCCAGCGGGUCAUGCGCAUGUUUCUGCUAAAUUAAAGUGUCAGAACGAAACACCGUCUCAGCCGAACAAAGCCCGCGUUUCCUCCAUGUGGGUGAUGGAGGAGGCGGAGGAGUAGUGGCCUGCUCACCUUGCUUUGAGUCGCUGUUGUGCUCCUGCGCUAUUAUUUGCGGAGGGGGGCUGAGGAGCGCGCUGCAGCGCCGCGCAGCUCCUCGCACAUCUGUGGAAAAGGAAAAACCCCCGUGGCGUUGGGGCUUUGAAGUGUCACCUUGUCACAAGUAUUAAGCGUCCUGUGAUAACAUAUUUAGCGGUGCUCUAAAACGAGACAUCGCUCUUUAGUAUCCAACAUUAAGGGAGUAAUACAAAAUGUGAGGUCAAUUUAACUGUGCAAAGUUUGCUUUUUUUAAAAAUAACCCAAAAAAAGCAUAGUCUUUCCAAGAGGGAAGACUAGAAAUGUAUUAAAAUCAGAUUUUUAUUAGAAUUGGAGUUAUGAGCCAUAGACAUUUAAGUAGGCCCUUAAACAUUAAUCCAAAUGUCAAAAACAAAUCAUUUCCUUCACAGGUCUGUCCAUACCGCCUUAAUCUUAACCUCUAGUCCACUAAUGUAUUGUUUUAGAGCGCCUCAUAAAAGCUUCAGCCCAGCUUCUCAGAGCCCCUCCUUUGCCGUUAUUUGUGUGUGAAUUAUAGGCAGCUAGAGGUCUGUGGUAUUUUAUUGGGAUCUCUUUUAAUUCCUGUCUUACCCCUUUGGUCUUUGCUAUUUUUCUCUUAACACUGUUUUUGCAUUGCAUGUGUUAACUUGGUAGCAUUAAGCACUACGUGCUCUCAACACUUCUUGUGUUAUUUAUUUAUUUAUUUUUAAAUCUCAGACUCAUUCCUAAUUGUCUCUUACGUCUCCCAGUCCCUUAAAUCUACCAUCCACCCUCCUCCUCCUCCCUUUAUUUGACCCAGUACCACAGCGAUAUGCAGCGGGCAGCCUCAGAGCCGCAGAACAACACGAGCAUUCGCAGGAAAGAAACUUCCAGUUGCUUCUUAAAUACGACGGGCAAACAAAAAAACAGGCACCGUUUUAAGGUUCAGUCCCAGUUAUUCGACCAUCAACGCUUCCUUUGCUUUCUGCUCAGGGUUUUAAUCACGUGAGCAGAGGUUCUGAUUGGUAAACCUUGUUGUGAUCUCCAAUGCAAAUCAGAUAAGCGGCGAUCAGAAAAUAAGAAAUUAACCAAAUAAGAUGUUUGAUCACAUUAAUAUACGAGUUUGAAAAAAAAUAUCCCGUCUUUGAAAUUGGGGCUUCAGAAUCACAAGGUAAGUAUGUUUUCUAAUUAUUAUGUUUAAAUUAGAUUUAUUUAAUCAGACUUUUCUGGUUUUUUUUUCUGUCAUUUUUCUCAACAUAUGUCAAUAGUCGGAUCUUUGAAAGCCUCCAUUUCCCUUAGUUUAUUCUGCACACGGGACUUCUGUUUUACUUGUGCAGCCUGCGGCGCGCCUCAGCUGUUGUCUUUGCUUAGCCUCACCCGUCACAUCUGACGCUGAGCCGUAAUGUGAAAAAUGGCCUGAACCGAAGAAUCUGCGACGUCUCACGAGGAGCAGAGCUCGCCCAAAAGCAGCCGCUACUAAACACUACAACUUCAUUAAAAUGAUGAAACAUGUAGUUUUUCUUAAAUGUUUAGGGUUGUCUACAUUUACCAGAUGUUCUCAAUGUUGAGGAAUGAUCAUUCACAUAUUAUCCCAUUAAAAGAAAAAAAUAAUAAAAUACUAAAAAACAAUAAGACUAAAUUCUCUGAGGUCUCUGUGUGGGGUCCCCUGCAUAUCACUUCCCGUAUCCAUAUCUUUGUGCCAAUGACAGCACAUUGCACACUUUAAAAAAAAAAAAAAACACCCCCUGUGGAUCUUUUUUUUUGUUUUAACAUUGUGUUUUGUUUUUUUUCUUUCUCCUGUAUUAACAGUCGGUUGGUGGAUUUAUUGAAAUGUCUGCCUUUUUCUGUUUGUAUACAGUACAAAUGUUUGUUUCAAGGCAGAGACAGAUCUGUAUUUUUAAGACCUAGAGAAGCUAGCAGAAUUGCCGUUGAAAGCGUUUGGUCGGUUUCUUACGUUGUGUCACGUGUGACUGUUUUUUUGACAGCCCAGUAUUUUAAAGCCAGGAUAACAUCGGCCACCGGCUGCUUCAGAAACAUGGAUGGAAGUUGGGGCAAGGACUUGGCAAGACCAUGCAGGGACGCACCGACCCUGUGCCCAUUGUUCUUAAAUAUGAUGUCAUGGGAAUGGGCCGAAUGGAGAUGGAGCUGGACUAUGCUGAGGAUGCCACAGAGAAGCGGAGAGUGCUUGAAGUGGAAAAAGAGGACACAGAAGAGCUGCGGCAAAAAUACAAGGACCAGGUGGAAAAGGAGAAGGCUAUCGCAAAAGCCCUGGAAGACCUGAGAGCAAAUUUCUACUGCGAGCUUUGUGACAAGCAGUACACCAAACACCAGGAGUUUGACAACCACAUCAACUCGUACGACCACGCGCACAAACAGAGGUUAAAAGAGCUGAAGCAGAGAGAGUUCGCUCGCAAUGUGUCCUCCCGUUCCCGGAAAGACGGGAAGAAGCACGAGAAGAUGCUGCGUCGGCUGCACGUUCUGGCCGAGCAGAGGAAGCAGGACAAACAGGACCGCACUCCUGGCAGCGGCCCCAUGUUCAAAACGACAACAGUCGCUGUUGACGGGGAGAAAGAAGGAGACGAAAGCGUGACAAUGGAGAACCCCGUUGUGACAGACGCCGCCCUUGAGGGAUCGCCGUCAGAGAAAACCGACCGCUCCUCCCCAAAGCCCAGCCCGGCUAUUACUUUUUCUCUGGGGAAGAACACGUCCUCAUCCCCAACUCCCAGUGGCGCCUCUAAAGUCAGCGUGUCGUUCUCUUUCGCCAAGAAAGCCCCCGUGAAGCUGGAGACGGCAGCCGCCGUCUUUGCCGAUCAUGGCGAGGAGGCAAAGGAGGAUGAGGAGAACCAGGAAGGGGAGAAGGCCGGGGGACAGGACGAGACGUCCGGCUGCAGCACAGACAGUCCCAGGAGGGCAGCCGAAGGAGAUGAGGGAGGGGAGAAAGGCGGCGCUGCUGGGGCAGAGGAGGCGCAGCAGGCUGACGACGGCGGCUCGUUGGCGUCGACUUUAAACAAACUCAAGAUGAUGAUGAAAAAGGACGAAGGGUUUUCUGGACAAGAGCCGCAGUACUACCACUAUAUACCCCCGGCCCACUGCCGGGUGAAGCCCAACUUUCAGUUUUUGCUGUUCAUGAAGGCGUCGGAGCAGUGUCCGAGCAAAGACGACGAGGACGAAGAGGAAAUGGAGGAAGUGCAAAAGGCCGAAGAAAGUUCUGAUCAGAGCGAGUCCAAAGCGACUGAGUGUGAUAAGACUGAAAAAGAACAAGAGGACGAGGCGUCGGCGGCCGAGCCGGUGCCGCCGCCGCCUUCGCCGCCCAAAGUGAAGGUGGAGGAAAGCGUCGUUCCUGGUGCUCCGGACCCAGCGUCCACUGCGCCCGCCUCCAUCCAGAAAGCAGAGAGCCCCCAGAGCGCCGCCGACUCAAACCCCGGUCCAAAAAUCCCAACGGGGCCCUUCUUCCCCGUCCUGAGCAAAGACGAAAGUACCACUUUGCAGUGGCCGACGGAGCUGCUUGAGUUUACAAAAACUGAGCCUUCUCUGUCUUACAGCUGUAACCCUCUGUACUUUGACUUCAAGCUGUCGCGAAAUAAAGGGCUGCGAGGCGGCAAAGCGGCGAAGUCCCCCAAGGCCGUCGAAGAGGCCGGUGACAAAGGACAAGACGGAGCGGCUUCAACAGCCGACGUUGCAACACCCGCACCUGAAACAUGCACUGAGAAGGGCAAGCCUGCAGCGAAGGAGGAUCCCAGUCAGCCUGAACCCGAUGAGCAGAAACCCGCCACUGCCAGCAGCAGCAGCAGCGCGAAAAAGAAAAAGAAGAAGAAGAAGAAGAAGCACAAGAAGUCCGGGAAACAUUCAAAACGCGAAGGAAAGGAAAAGGACGCAGCCAAAGACGCAGAGGAGAAUACCGAGGCAGCGCAGGAAAAACCUAAAAAGAAGAAGAAACACAAACGGAAAAAGAGCAAAAACAAAGAUCCGGGUCAGGAAGAGGCCGCUGGUGACGACAGAGAAAAGGGAAAGGCAAAGUCUGAAGAUAGAGCCGCUGGUUCCUCCGCUCAGCCCGCCGCCGGAGGAUCCGCCGGAGCCGAGCUGGGUAAACGGAAACGGGCUGCAAAGGAAGUGCCUUCUAAAUCCGGAGCGGAGCAAGGAGGAAGCGGCAAAGCCAACGACAAGACCCCCUCCUCAGAGGACCACGGGAGCUCAAAGAGACAAAAGACCGACGGCGGGCACGGCGCGUCCUGCUCCUCCGCCGCCCACAAAAGUCCCGACCACGGCAGACCGCCCAGCAGCGAGAGCGAGGAGGAGGGCGGCUCCAGCGCCCAGCACUCGCGUCACCACCGGUCCAGCCCGCGGGAGCAGCGCCGCCACCACAGCGAGGAGUCCAGGCGCUCCUGCAGCCGCUCCUCGAGGCGGGGGGAGAGGCGCGGCAGCAGCCGGCGCCGCCACCGCGGCAACGCCUCCCGCAGCCGCUCCUACUCCAGCAGCUCCGGCCGCUCCUCGGCGAGGAGCAGCGGCUACAGCCGCCGCAGCCGCAGCUACUCGGACAGCUACAGCGACUACAGCACGGAGGGCCGCAGGCGGCGCCGCUCCAAGCGCUCGUCGGACUCCGAGUACGAGCGGCGGGGCAGUCGAGGUCGCCGGCGGUCCAGGAGACAUCAGUACUCCUCGUCCUCCUCAGACGACUCCCGCUCGCGCUCCCGCAGCUACAGCAGGAGGAAGCGGCACCGGCGGCACCGACGCAGCAGCUCCAGGAGUUCCAGCAGCUGGAGCCGCAGCACCAGCACCAGGUCGUGGCGGCGCAGCUACAGCCGCAGCCGAAGCUCGGCGAGCCGCUCCUCCAGCUCCAACAAAGGCUCCCCACACCGACGCGGCGCCCGGGCUCGAGCCGACAGCGACACGCACCGCAGAGACUUCAACCGCUCUCGGAUCUAUCGCUCCCAGUCGCCUCGCUCGUCCUCGCGGAGCCUCAACCGCAGCAGCCAUGCCUCCACGUCGCAGACGCUCAGGCCGGUCGGCUCUCGCGACGCCGGGGAACACAAGAAUAUGCUGACGGCGCGGCAGCUGCUGGAGAGGGUCCAGUCCAAGAAGAGCUCUGAGGAUUCUGCGUCAGGAACAAAGUCUGGGCUGAAGAUUAAAGACCCACCGGUGGGUUACUUCGGUCCUAAAUUACCGCCAGCCCUGGGAAGCAAAGCCAUGUUGCCCCUUUUUGGUAAGCUGCAGGCCGGGAAGAAGCCACUGAUCCCCCUGACGAGACCCGACGAGGGCGAGAAGUCGGCGAGGGGAAAGGGUUCUGAAGCGGACAGCGAGGUUAUCCUAGUAGAACCUAUUAGGGAGUUCCCUCCUCCUCCACCGCCUCCAGCCCCGCCGGUGCAGAAGGUGGAGGAGGCCCCACAGAACACGGCGACACAGGAAGAGACUCCAGAACAGUCGAGUGCAGAGGAGCAGGCGCACCAAGAGCCCCAGCCGCUGUUUGAACAGGACCCUUCCAUGAUGAUGCCCCAGUACCAAGCGGAACCGGGUCAAGACCCCGCCCAGAACCCCAUGAUGGAGUCCAUCAUGCCCGAGAUGCAGCAACAGCAGCCUCCGGUGCACGGGUACCCCGCUUACCCUCCGCCCAGCCUGGAGGAGGACGGCAUGGAGGCCCAGGAGGACGGACUGGCGCCCUUGGAGAGUCAGCCCAUCACGUUCACGCCGGAGGAGAUGGAGAAAUACAGCAAGCUGCAGCAGGCUGCACAGCAGCACAUUCAGCAGCAGCUCCUGGCCAAGCAGGUCAAGGCGUUCCCCUCGGCCGCAGCCGCCGCCGCGGCCGCCGCAGCCGCCGCCAACUUGGCCCCGGCGCCGCCGCCCCCGGCUCUGCAACAGAUCCACAUCCAGCAGCCCACGGUCUCCGUAGCGUCCGGCACGUCCAUCACCACUGUCCAGCACGCCAUCCUGCAGCACCACGCAGCCACCGCCGCAGCCAUGGGCAUCCACCCGGCACACGCGCACCACCCUCACCCUGCGCAUGCCCAGCUGGCCCAGGUGCACCACAUUCCCCAGCACCACCUCACCCCCAUCUCCUUGUCCCCUCUAGGACACUCUCUGGGUCACUCUUUAGGACACUCGCUGGGGCAUGCGGGGCUAAUCCCCGCCCACCACACGGCCUUCCUUUCCGGUCAGCCGAUCCACAUCAUCCCCGCGUCGGCGCUGCACCACACGCCGCUGGCGCUGCACCACGUCCCGCACACCGCCCUCUAUCCGACACUAUUCGCCCCCCGGCCCUCUCAGGCUGCCGCGGCGGCGGCUCUCCAGCUCCACCCGCUUCUGCACCCGAUCUUCUCAGGGCAGGACCUCCAGCACCCGCCUAACCACGGCUCCUGAGCGCUAAACAGAUGUGCAACGGGACGUCAGCGGCACUCGGCCGCCGCAGCCAUCUUGGUUUAGAGGUAGAGACGAGGCCGUUUGGUCGGUGUGCGGGGAAGUCAGACGUGUCGGUAAAACCACAGCGGCGUCGCAGGCUCUGCCAAACAUGUUCAUUACAUGGCGCAGCCUGCGUUUGGUUCAAAAGGUCGACACUAGCAGUUGUUUUAUUGGUCGGUUUGCGUGUUUUCUCCCCCCCACCCAUGUUUCCUGGUCUGAAGGCCGGUUUGUAGACGUAAAGAGGUUGUUUUUAGAAACCGAUUUGGGCUGCGUUCACAACUACACUAACCACUGGAGUUUAAGUUUUCCUCAUUUACGCUCAUUUUGGCCCCCCCAACGAGAUCCACAUUAACCGAGACUCCACAGAGGAUCAUGUCGAGACGGGAAGUAGAUUUUGUUACAGAAACAAAACAGCUUAAGCCCUUUUUUUUUUAUUUUUGUGACGCCUCAUCGACGUGUGAUCCUUUUCUCCUUUAUAACUACCUGCUCUUUAUUGAAUUCUUGGUCUCAGAAUAAUUUGUGUUCCUGUAAUUUGUACAUAUAUCAGUGUGUAAUGUGAAGAAGUCGCCCAAUGGCCGUAUGAAAUAACCGGUGUCUACGCUGGCAGGACACCGCCACUGAAGAAGUCUUCUCUGCUUUUGGAGAAUUGUGGCAAAGAGGUUUUUAACAUCUGCGAUACUCUUGAGGCAAAGCUCCUGUUUCCCCCAUCGGAGGGUACGUGUGAAUGAAUUGCACUGAAAUCUGUACAUUGGGAUGGUGCUUUUGCAUCAUGUAACAAUAAGAUUGUAGUAUACUGCAAUAAUUUUAUUUUUAUUUUUAAAUUAUUUUCCAAAUGCUCUUCGGAAGAAGAAGAGGAGGAGCAUUGUUUGGCUUUUUUUGUGUAAUUUUGUAAAUAAAAACGCUGUAGAUUAACCUAUUAACAUUCUGAAAAAGGUUGACACUGCUGUUGGUACAGCAGAGGAGUUACAACAUGGAUUCGUAUUUCAUCGCGGUCAGUUUCUAAAGUCGUUCCCGCUGAGCCCGGCUGGGAUCGCAGACAAGUUAUCUGUCUGAUAACAAAGGUAGUGACUCUGUAUUUUUUAAAAACAUAACUGUUUCAACAAAUAAAACUUUGAGUCCAUGCGGUU